GGAACUGAAAGUAUGCUUUUGUGAACCCGCGGUGCUGCAGUGAGAGGCAGGCUACUUCGUGCGCACUGUUUUGGUUUCCUUGUUUGACGCGCGAGUAUUUUACCCUUUUGUGUGUCAGGCUAAAUAUUUUCUAGCUAUGCGUCGUAAUAAACACGAAUCUACUGCACACUGUUGUCAAGUAGCGGUAAUGUUAGUUGGGUCUGAUAUUACCGGUUGUUCCGGCUUUUGUCUGACAAAUCAAUGACCAUGGAUAUGAAAGCUGUUCUUCAGUUUGCCGCAGCAACGAGAUGUGUAACGUUGAUUUUGCAAGCAGUCCUGAAUGCGGCAAUCCCUGAUCAUGAAGCAGAUGCGUUCAGGCCCCCUCGGAUAGAAGAGCCUCUGUACCUGGACUCCACUGUGGACUGGCUGUUCAGUGGCCUGUCUCGCUGGGAUGCUGAACAUUUUCUCUUCAUUGCAGAGAGGGGAUACUUGUAUGAGCAUAAUUUUGCCUUUUUCCCCCUCUUUCCGAUCAUUCUCAGAGGCUUGGCUGAAACAGUCCUUUGGCCCUUGAGCACCUGGCUGAGUGUUCGUGGACGGUUGCUAGUGGCAGUUGCUCUUGGAAACACGGCUCUCUUCUUGCUCAGUGUGGUGGCCUUGCACGCACUUGGUAGAAUAGUUUUACAGGACAGACGCCUCGCUCUCCUCUCCAGUCUUCUCUACUGUGUCACACCAGCCAAUGUUUUCAUGACCGCUGGAUACUCAGAGAGUCUAUUUGCAGCUCUCACCUUUGGGGGAUUAUAUCUUUUGGAGAAAGGAUUCACUCUUAGAGCUUGUUUGGCACUCAGUAUAGCCACAGCUGCGCGCUCCAAUGGGCUAGUAAAUAUAGGAUUCCUGCUCUAUCUUCCUUCUCUAUACGCGCUUUCCCAGAUUCGUGUUUAUCGAACAACAACAAAGGGUCAUGCCAAAGUCUGUCAUUACAUUUUUGUCAUUAUUCGUUUGUUGUUCACGUCUUUAUUAGGCACCGCUAUUAUAGCCCUUCCAUUUGUAGCAUUCCAAUAUUAUGGCUAUAGGACGUUUUGCACACCGUCUCUCUCCUUGGAGCGUAUCCCUCCAGCUCUGCUCUCACUCGCUGAAAGAAAGGGCUACAGAGUACCUGAUGAAAAUGGUCCUCCACCUCUCUGGUGCAUGAGGCCUCUGCCUAUGCUGUACUCUCAUAUUCAAGAUGUUUACUGGGAUGUUGGGUUUUUACGCUACUUUGAACUCAAGCAAAUACCAAACUUUGUUUUGGCGUUACCAAUGGCUACUCUUGGAAUUAUGGCAGCAUAUGCUUAUAUUCAAGCGAACCCAGAACUGUGUCUUAGACUUGGACUUUGGGAAACAAAUGAAAAUAAAGGACUUGACAAACCACUACCAGGAUUUUUUAACCCCCGGGCAUUUGUGUAUGUGGUUCACUCCAGUGUAUUACUGGUGUUUGGAAUGCUGUGCAUGCAUGUACAGGUCCUUACCAGGUUUAUGGCCUCUUCCUCUCCAGUGCCAUUUUGGAUAAGUGCACAUCUGCUACUGCUCAAUGAACCACUUCUUCAUAGAAGAAAGACUUCCACUCCCGGUGUUCAGUUGCACAGCCAUCAUCAUAACGGAUGCAAGCACACACCCCCAAACCCCAUCAUAGCAUUACUGCUAAACUUGACAGCCUGUUCUUCCAUUACUAAAGGCAUUUUGGGUUAUUUCCUGUCUUAUUGGCUGUUAGGCUUGGUAAUGCAUUGUAACUUUCUGCCAUGGACAUGAUGUUGUCUAAGCUAAAUAAACUGCAAUGAUAUGUAGAAGUAAAAUCUUGUAAUGACACCUUUUCAACAUUUAGUUUUCUUAUAAAUACAUUUUUAAAAAUCUAAGAUCAGAUAACGUAGACCAACCCAACCAACCCUAUUUCUGUUCACAUUUACUUGGUUCUGUAUUUGCUGUUGGGUAAUUCUUAGCGCAAUAGUAUGCACAUUUUAGCAAUAAUUGUUGCUUUUUUUUUUUUUUUUUUUUUUGCCUUGGAUUAAGUUUGCACAUGUUUUAAAAAAUAUGACAUCUAUAUGGAAAGGUUGCAUGUUUGUAGAGGAAAAGUGUUCUUUUUGCACUAUAAACCCGGUAAUGGUGGCCUAAUGGUAUUUUAUAGGACUAUUGAGUAAAUCAUUACAAAACUACGU